ACAUCAUUUCAUUGUUCACCAGAUAUACUUCAACCUGGCCAGUCUUGGGUCGAGCAUAUACCUCGAAUCCAACAUUUUCGACGACUCGAAUGACUUCUGUCGACUGGAGCUCGACUUUAAAGCAGAUCAUGCAGCGUGCGCAUGAAUACCUCGCUCUUUCCUCUAUCUCGACAUCGUCGUGCUCGCUCGCGUCUCAAUCACCACGACAACUUCCUAUUGCUAAGUUAUCCUUUCCUGACGCACCACCAAUACAACAUGCUCUUAUGGCUGCUGGAGCCUGUCCCAAAAUCUCACUAGCAAUAGAUCAAGCAUAUCAGAAGCGAGCUGCUGACUUGCGGGCUCUCUGCCACUCGGCUGUAAUGCAGAUAUGUUCAAAUCAGUAUUCGUCCAAUUUUGGCUAUGCCCCCGAUCACAAGGUCCUAUCCGUAUUCACCGAUAUAUAUCUCAAACAACUCGUCUCUUGGAGAGAACAAUGUGUCAUAUUAUAUCUCAAACAUUCAUCAACAAGCGACAGGGCUGGAACUUCAAGUUGUGCACCAAAGUUUAACCAUGAAUAUGUUCCCUUGUUGGAAUACUUCUUCGCUGAGAACCCGUUCCCAACGCAUGCAGACAAGGCUUUUCUUGCAAAGAAAUCGGCAAUGACAUAUCGUCAGAUUCAUGUUUGGUUUCAAAACAGGCGCAACAGAAUGAAGAAAGAAGGUCAAGUCUUGAGGAAGAAGCCAGUGGCUGAGGGUGCCACUCUUCCGUUGGAUAACCUGUACCAGCGUAUGGAGAAAUUCAUUGUACCAGAGGAAAAGAAAGCGCACACAUCGCAUUCCAGUCCUCCUGAUUCAAUUACCAACCUCGACGACGAGGUGUUUAUUGUCACGGACAGCCAACGCAACCCACUCGAGUCCCUGGCACCUUUGCACGCAUUUCCAUCGUCGUAUCCCCCUUCGUGCUCGUAUGAUCCUUUCCCGUCCAGGAAUGGCGUGACGAAUUUUGGUGUGCCGAAAUGGUUCCGGCGCCCAAUGAACACAGUUGUUCAACGUCCUCCAUCCGACAUUGAUGGGCUCGUAGACUGCUUCUCGAGGAUAAAUAUUCUAGAUGAUCCCGGUGCCCAUUCACGCGGCAACGUCGAUUCAUUUGCAGCUGUAGCUGCCAUUACGGUUAUACCCUUCUCUGCACCUCUCCCUGCCCUCAUUCGGGGGAUAGUUCCGCAUGUCGUGCCUGUCUGUCCUCCCUUACUUUCCGUUCCCGCAACCGCAUCUCGUCGACAUGUCUUCAACACUCCCAGUCCGCAAUCAAGACCUAUCACAUUGGUACCCGGGGCCUCCGAGACCCCGAUAGGGCAGAAGGCCCGCCGCCGGAAAAUGGCGCCGUUGCCGAGGCGUAUUCCUCAUGGGAAUCCCACGUCUCACCGGGAUAUCACGCCAGCUGUUUCAGAUGCAUCUGUCGCCUCACCUUCGCCAUCGUCGCCUUUGCGUUCAUCUUCAUUCGGGUCUGAGAGUUCCUCGCACAGCCGCCUGUUCUCAAGCGCGAGCUCCACGUCAAGCUCCUCUAGCCUCAUGACACCGCCUCCAUCAUCCCCAUCACCUCCCAUGCAACUUGUGUCUCCCCCAGCAUCGUUAUUCAAUUUCUCUUCAAAUAUGGUCGAUCUGUUUGGCGAUGCCUUGGCAGGCACUCCCUCGCCGGCCGAGGGACUGCAGCUGGACUUCAAUUCAAGCAUCUUCGGGAAUGCACAUAUCCUGAAGUCACCGGCGUUUGACUUCGCCUUCAGUGCGCCCCCCGCAGCAAGUCUCAUUCGCACACCAUCAUAACCUCUGAUGGGAAUCCGCGGACUCUAUUUUCGCAUGCUCCGGAUAGAGCUUGCUUUCUACCUUUGGCACGCCUGGCCUCAUUGCUGCGGAACAUCCAGUAAUGACGAAGAGCUACGGCGGCGCCCUAUCGCGUCCCUUCAUCUAAUACCCUGAAGCGGACCAUAUGCAGCCUGUGCAAUCCCAUGUCUAUGAUAGCGCAUCUUGACAUAUGCUGUAUCUCAUUGUUGUCUUAACACUGCUCUUGCUUUUCUCAUUUUUAUUCCCUUUCGUGUUAUCCCCGCUUUUGCUAAUUUUCGUUGCUAUUUUGCUGUAUUGAUUUGUACCUGCUGGCUGUAUGCUGUGAGCAAUUGGAACUGAUUGCUGGGUGUAUCUGAA